AAUCGUGCAGAUUCUGCGAAUCCCGAGCUUCAAGGGCGAUCCGAACACGCAAGAUGAUGGAGAUCAUGAUCAUCAUGACGCUUCUAGGAGCCUGCAGGCACGCGGAAGCCACGAUCGGCCGAGCCAGAACAUGGACUCUUCGUGGCCCGGUUCUCAGCUUCACCAGAGAAUAGACGGCUUGGAAUCUCGAGAGAAACAGCGACUGAGGUUCAGAAGACCUGAGGAAAGGCCCGAGACACCUGAAAGUCGGCCUGAGACACCUGAGAGUCGACCUGGGAGUGGCGGCGGCGACGGCAGGGGGAAGCAGCGCGACGGCAAGAAAGUGCGCAUGGUGCAAUACCCCUACAAGCCGCUGCUGCCACGCGAUGGGUUCAGCUGGGUCAAGUACGGUCAGAAGAAGCUCACCACGGGCGACAACAUGAUGAG